UGAACAGACAGUGAUUUUCGACGAAUAGAAAGCCGCAGACGGCUGGUGGACUGUUCAUACAUCCAAUGACCUGAGUGGUAGUAACAGUGUGUCCGUGGUGCGACGGUGGACACACAGUGGAUGGGACAGGACAGCGCUACAUGGGGGACAGCGGCUGGUACCACCGCUCCUACACCCCGGAGAGACCUCUAGGGCUUCACGACGCUCAGCCGCUGGAGACUGACUUAAUGAAAUAAACCGAGCCGAGCAUGAACACACCGCAUUUGAGCGUCUCCUCCUCUGAGCAUGGACUGACCAAAUCCCUCUCUGGAUGAUUUGAUGGGGCUGCUCAGAGUCAUGAUGCCGCCCAAGUUGCAGCUUCUGGCGCUGCUGGCGUUCGCAGUGGCCAUGUUCUUCCUGGAGAACCAGAUCCAGAAGCUGGAGGAGUCCCGGGGGAAGCUCGAACGAGCCAUUGCCAGACACGAGGUACGAGAAAUCGAGCAGCGGCACACCCAAGACGGCCUGCGGGAACGGGACUCAUCGUCAUUAUCGCCAUCUGAGAGCGAAGACGACAUUGUCAUCAUCUACAACCGCGUGCCCAAGACAGCCAGCACUUCCUUCACCAAUAUCGCCUAUGACCUGUGUGGGAAGAACCACUACCACGUCCUGCACAUCAACACCACCAAGAACAACCCGGUCAUGUCCAUACAGGACCAGGUGCGGUUUGUAAAGAAUGUGACUGAGUGGAGGGAAAUGAAGCCAGCUUUCUACCACGGACACGUCUCCUUCCUGGAUUUCACCAAGUUUGGGGUGAAGAGGAAGCCCAUCUACAUAAACGUGAUCCGGGACCCCAUCGAAAGGCUGGUGUCCUAUUAUUACUUUCUGCGUUUCGGUGAUGACUACCGGCCCGGCUUGAGACGCAGGAAACAAGGAGACAAGAAGACGUUUGAUGAAUGUGUAUCAGCUGGCGGCUCAGACUGUGCCCCUGAGAAGCUCUGGCUCCAGAUUCCCUUUUUCUGUGGUCACUACUCUGAAUGCUGGAACGUGGGCAGCCAGUGGGCUCUGGAGCAGGCCAAAUACAACCUGGUGAAUGAAUACAUGCUGGUCGGAGUAACAGAGGAGCUGGAGGACUUUGUCAUGAUGCUGGAGGCGGCGUUGCCACGUUUCUUCAAAGGAGCCACUGAGCUGUACAAAACAGGGAAGAAAUCCCACCUGAGGAAGACCAGCGAGAAGAAGCCGCCCACAAAGGAGUCGAUCGCCAAGCUGCAGCAGUCAGCCAUCUGGAAGAUGGAGAACGAGUUCUACGAGUUUGCACUGGAGCAGUUCCAGUUUGUCAGGGCACAUGCUGUCAGAGAAAAGGACGGAGAGCUCUACCUGCUGGCACAGAACUUCUUCUAUGAGAAAAUCUACCCCAAAAACUAAAGAGGCUCAUGUCUGUGGAAGAGGACACUCGGCACAGGCUCAGACGUGCAGUGUGAG